AUGUCGGUAGCGCUAUCUCGAGCCAGAAGUAGAAGUCGUGCGCCCAGCACCAGAGCGCCCUUAACCCCAGCACCCAUUGUGGUGGAAAUGCCACGAAGCGGCGCCAAAUCACCACUCAUUGUCGACGUGCCCGCUCCACCCCGAGCAAGAAGUAUGAGCAGAGGCCGGAACGAGCCGGCGGUGGAUGCGCCUGGCCUGAGCGGGGGGAGGGGAAUGUUUAAGAGGCUGAUUGUUGCAUGUGACGGCACGUGGCUAAACUCGGAUGACGGAAUGAAGAAUGGUACCCUUUCCAUCCCCAGCAACAUUACGCGGAUCUCCAGAGCCAUCAAGGCAGUCAGCCAGGACGGAAUCCAGCAAAUUGUAAACUACCACCAGGGCCUCGGAACCGAAGGCGGCAAGAUUUCACGUCUUGUCGGCGGCACGACGGGCAAGGGACUUUCGGAGGAUGUCCGGGAAGCCUACUCGUUUCUUGCCAACAACUACCAUCCCGGAGACGAGAUAUUCCUACUUGGCUUCUCGCGCGGCGCCUUCACUGCGCGCAGUAUCGGUGGUCUGAUUUCGGAAAUUGGGCUUUUGACCAAGAAGGGCUUGAACACUCUCCCAGAAGUGUACGAAGACGUGCAGAACCGACGAAACGAGGACUACCGGCCAAAGCACGAGGACAUUCCAUUUCCCCGGAAACCAAGCGCCAGUGAUCCACGAUAUGCGGAAGAGCUGGAGCGUCGGGGCCUGACGAGGCUGGAUAUUCCCAUCAAGUGCAUAGCGGUGUGGGAUACAGUCGGAAGUCUUGGCAUACCCAGAAUUGGCAUCCUGCAACGUGCAGGGCUGCAGACAAAACAAUCCAGAGCAACGACAUUCUACGACACGAAGCUUUCCAACUGCGUGGAAAAUGCAUUCCAGGCGCUUGCUCUGGACGAGAAUCGGUCGUCGUUUGCGCCGGCUGUGUGGGAGAAGCCCGAGGGAAACCGCACGACACUCCGUCAAGUAUGGUUUCCCGGUGCGCACGCAAACGUAGGAGGGGGCUACGAUGAUAUGCAAAUUGCUAACAUUAGUCUUGCGUGGAUGAUGAGCCAGCUGGAGCCCUUCUUGGACAUGCGGGGUGAAUAUCUGUUUGAACAGGAUGAUCUCAAUGAAAAGUACUACAAGAAAGAAGAGGGCGCCAUCCGACCAUGGAGUUUUGGCAAAAUCUACAGUGAGCUCAAGGGAGCUUUUGCAUUGGGGGGAAGUUCUCAACGCAAGCCUGGGCAAUACACGGCAGUAGAUCCGCACACGGGUCGCGCAACAGACCGGCCUCUGCGGCAAACGAAUGAGUACAUUCACCCGUCGGUGCGCACGCGGUUCCGGCUAGAAGGACCUGGCGUGCAGGACCGCGGCCUCUACGAGGCACGGGGACUAACGGACAGCUACAAGCUUGUUGUCGAUUACGGAGCGAACAACUCGCGUGCGGGCGACGCUGAGGUGUUCUGGAAGAUCAAGUGGAGAGACACGCAUGCGGUCAAAGUGCUACCCGAAGCUCCGCUGUGGAGGCUGGAACGGGAGCUUGCUCGGCGCGACCCAGCCACGUACGACUAUGUCAAGAAGCCACCUGCUACCAGCUCGACUAAGAGCAAACGGCGGGCGCCACGGCCCAUGUCAGCCGAUUUUUCCAACAGCAAAGUAGGUGGAUUUGACAGCCCUGUUUCGCCACGGAAGAGCCGUAGAGACACAUUUUCACCGAGGUCGACAUUCCCAGCUGAUGACAAGCCGCCAGCGAGAAGAAACAGCGUCAAAAUGGAGAGAGCGCGGAGCCGGAGCCGAGCGAGGAGCGUCGAGUUUGCCAGCGAUCGUGAGACGGAUAUUCGGGAAAGUAUGCCUCAUCGUCGGGAGAAGGACAAGGCAUGGUGGGAAGGCAAGCGGGGAUGA